AUGGGAAGAUCCAAAAAUUGUGGCGACACGCCUAGACGCGGGAGGAAGGCGGCGGUAACAUCGUCGCUGCCGUUCGUGACGAACACGGCGACGACAUCCCUAGCAGCGGGCACAAAAGUGGCCACGACGACGUCAUCUCGAGCAGUGGGCCUGAAAGUGGCCACGACGACGUCGCCGUUCGUGACGAACACGGCGACGACAUCCCUAGCAGCGGGCACAAAAGUGGCCACGACGACGUCGCCGUUAGUGGCGGUCACGGCGACGUCAUCUCGAGCAGCGGGCCUGAAAGUGGCCACGACGACGUCGCCGUUAGUGGCGGUCACGGCGACGCCAUCCCUAGCAGCGGGCCCGGGAGUAGCCACGACGACGUCGCCGUUAGUGGCGGUCACGGCGACGCCAUCCCUAGCAGCGGGCCCGGGAGUAGCCACGACGACGUCGCCGUUAGUGGCGGUCACGGCUACGUCAUCUCUAGCAGCGGACCCAAAAGUGGCCACGACGACGUCCCCGUUAGUGGCAGAGUCGAAAAUAAAAAAGCGUAUCAAUAACGCAGUGCGGCGGGCAGUAGGGAAGGAGAAGCGCAAGCAGUGGUACGUCGCCGGUAUGAAUUUAGGUGGCAACAUACCGGCGACGUAUCAUGCACCGCAUAAAGGGCAGCGGAAAUACGUGCCCGCGCCUCCUGCACUCGCAACAGGAUACGUGCCCGCACCUGCAACAGGAUACAUGCUCGCGCCUCCUGCACCCGCAACAGGAUAUGUGCUCGCACCUCCCGCACCCGCAACAGGAUACGUGCUCGCGCCUCCCGCACCUGCAACAGGAUACGUGCCCGUGCCUCCCGCACCCGCAACAGGAUACGUGCCCGUGCCUCCCGCACCCGCAACAGGAUACAUGCCCGCACUUCCUGGUCUUGCAACAGGAUACAUGCCCGCGCCUCCCGCACCCGCAACAGGAUACGUGCCCGCGCCUCCCGCACCCGCAACAGGAUACAUGCUCGCACCUGCAACAGGAUACAUGCCCGCGCCUCCCGCGCCCAUAACAGGAUACGUGCUCGCGCCUCCCGCACCCGCAACAGGAUACGUGCCGCGAAAUUAA